AGGGGGUGGCGGUCCGCGUACAGUCCGCCGCCAGCUUAGCUCUAUUCGCGCGUACAGGGAAGUGUUCCAGAAUCUGAUGAGGCAGGCCGAUGAGUUGAGAGCUGCACAUCUAUGCGCCAAAAACACUGUUUCUCCUCGUGUCGAACGUCUAACCACGUAUAAGGAUCACUCGAGCCAGACCAUUGGGAUCUUCCCAGGUGCAUCAAGCCCUCUCACAUAUUCGCCGUUGACCCUUUAUGCGAGCCGUAUGCUCAUGUGGGGGGUGACUGCCUCCUGCCGUAUGGCCUGGCCCAUCCCUUAUGCUGUAAUUAUGGUAAAUAUACCGGAUGAAAAUGGCCAUGAAUCUAUUUAG